AUGGCCAAGCUCGGUAAUGAUGCAUAUGUUGAUGGAACCACCCAAGGGAGACGCCUUUUAGGGGUAUAUUACUCUGCCACUCCAGAAUCUGAGAAGAAAAGAAUAUGUACAUUAUUUAAUGGAACUGGAACAGUAAGAGUGGCUAUAGCUUCAACAUCUUUAAGUAUGGGAGUGAAUUUUCUACAUGUGACCUAUGUGAUUCACUUUGGACCUGGUAGAUGUCUUGUUGACCAUCUGCAACAGGCAGUGAGAGCGGGCCGAGAUGCCAAGCAGUCACUUAAUAUAAUAUUUUAUCAAGGGAAGCACAUUAGAUUCUGUGACCAACCCAUUAGAGAUGUGAUGAAAAAGAAUGAUUGCAUACGGAAACUUCUGUUAUGUCAUUUCACUGAGGAUAAUAUAGAUGUGCCAGCAAUGAAUGACUGCUGCAGUAGAUGUCAUAAAUUAUGUGCAUGUGGUGGUGAUGGUCAAUGCACAAAUCCAUUUUACGAGUUUGAUCAUAAUGUGGUUAAUAAGCUCACAACUAAUACGGCUAUGCAACGAGUUGUGACAUAG